AGAGUCGCGGUUCGGCGGUGGAGACCGGAGGGCGCUGGGCUCCGGGUGGCAGCUCGCUCGCGGCGAGCCGGCCCGAGCCCGGGCGGCGGGUUCUUCGCCAUGCCGGGGAUGGUGCUCUUCGGCCGGCGGUGGGCCAUCGCCAGCGACGACUUGGUCUUCCCGGGGGUCUUCGAGCUGUUCGUGCGAGUGCUGUGGUGGAUCGGCAUCCUGACGCUCUACCUCGUGCACAGAGGGAAGCUGGACUGUCCUGGUGGCGUCCUGCUCAGCAGUUACCUGAUCGUGCUCAUCAUUCUCCUGGCAGUUAUCAUAGGCACCGUGUCAGCCAUCGUGUGUGUCAGCAUGAAAGGGACCAUUUGUAAUCCUGGACCACGGAAAUCCAUGUCUAAGCUGCUCUACGUGCGCCUGGCACUCUUUCUGCCAGAGGUGGUCUGGGCGUCCCUGGGGGCCGCCUGGAUAGAGGACGGUGUUCAGUGUGACAGGACGGUGGGGAAUGGCAUCAUUGCGACUGUCGCAGUCAGCUGGAUCAUCGUCGCCUCCACCGCGGUCAUCAUUGUCAUCGUCUUUGACCCGCUGGGGGGGAAGAUGGCUCCGUAUCCCCCUGCGGGCCCCCAUCACCUGGAUAGUCAUGAGUCCAGCCAGUUACUUAAUGGCCUCAAGACGGCAGCUACAAGCGUGUGGGAAACGAGAAUCAAGUUCCUGUGCUGCUGCAUCGGCAAAGACGACCGUACUCGAGUUGCUUUUUCGAGUACGGCAGAGCUUUUCUCAACCUACUUUUCAGACACGGACCUGGUGCCCAGUGACAUUGCAGCAGGGCUCGCUCUUCUCCAUCAGCAACAGGACAACAUCAGGAACAACCAGGAGCCUGACGAGGUGGUCAGCCAUUCCCCAGGGUCCUCCCAGGAAGCUGAUUUGGAUGCAGAAUUAGAAAACUGCCAUCACUACAUGCAGUUUGCAGCAGCUGCCUAUGGGUGGCCUCUCUAUAUUUACAGAAACCCUUUUACAGGGCUGUGCAGGAUUGGUGGCGACUGUUGCAGAAGCCGGACAACUGAUUAUGACUUGGUUGGAGGUGAUCAGCUCACCUGUCACUUUGGCUCCAUCCUGCAGACGACGGGGCUGCAGUACCGGGAUUUCAUUCACGUCAGCUUUCACGACAAGGUGUACGAGCUCCCCUUCUUAGUGGCUCUGGACCACAGGAAGGAGUCGGUGGUGGUGGCUGUGAGGGGAACCAUGUCUCUCCAGGACAUCCUUACGGACCUGUCAGCAGAGAGCGAGCCGCUCGACCUCGAGUGUGAGGUGCAGGACUGCUGGGCACACAAGGGGAUUUGUCAAGCUGCCAGAUACGUUUACCGACGACUCAUCAACGACGGGAUUUUGAGCCAGGCGUUCAGCAUUGCACCUGAAUACCGGCUGGUCAUCGUGGGGCACAGCCUGGGGGCAGGCGCCGCGGCCCUGUUGACCAUCAUGCUCAGAAACCCAUACCCACAAGUCAGGUGUUACGCCUUUUCCCCGCCCAGGGGGCUGCUGAGCAAAUCCCUUUGUGAAUACUCUAAGACCUUCAUCGUGUCACUUGUUCUGGGCAAGGAUGUGAUUCCCAGGUUAAGUUUGACCAACUUGGAAGAUUUGAAGAGGAGAAUCUUGCGAGUGAUUGCUCACUGCAACAAGCCCAAGUACAAGAUCCUGCUGCGCGGGUGCUGGUACGAGCUCUUUGGAGGGCACCCCGAGGACCUGCCGACGGAGCUGGAUGGGGGCGACCUGACGCAGCCUCUCCUCGGGGAGCGGAGCCUGCUGGCGCACGGGUCCCCAACUUACAGCUUCUCCAGCGACUCCCCGCUCGAGUCCCCCAGCAAGUACCCCCCUCUCUACCCCCCUGGCAGGAUCAUCCACCUGGAGGAAGUGGGCACUUCAGGGAGGUUUUCCUGCUAUCCUGCUGCUCGGUAUAGCGUGAAGUGGUCACAUGAGUCGGAAUUCAGCAAAAUACUCAUCGGCCCAAAGAUGCUAACAGACCACAUGCCAGACAUCCUGAUGAGAGCCCUGGACAGCGCGGUGUCCGACAGAGCCGCCUGUGUUUCCUGUCCGACCCAGGGAGGCUCCAGCGUGGACGUGGCGUAACCAGGGCAACUGGGAGCUGCUCGGGCCGUGGACACUGCUCUUGUUCCGACAGUGACUUAACAUCUGAGUGAUUCCCACGAUGCCCAUACCUGGAUUUCCAUCGAUCGGAUUUCAGUGGUCUCCUAAAUGACUGAGUAAUUUGAGAAAUACCUCUGACCACAAUAUUCACACAAUCAGGAGCCAGCAGAGCACUGAGGUGACGGCCCCCCGAGACUGAGCGGGCGUGACGCCCUUUCCUGUAGGCCUGCUGAUUCCCGGGAGUCCCACAGCCAGGUUUAAGGCCCUAACGGAUCUGUAGGCACCCGCCCCUCAGGCCACCUUUUCAGUGACAGGGUCCUGCCUUACGAGUUGGCACACAGGUGUGCAGUGUAUUCUGCAAACCGGACUUUCCUGCCUGCACAAACUCAGUGUCAGUUGCGAGGGUGCAGACUGGGGUUCUGUCCUGGGUGGGACCAAGCGAGGGUCAGCCCUGGGCUCCGACGAAACCAGGUCGGGGAAGCGAGCAGACUGCUGCGCCUGCCCUCCGAGUGCCCCGCUGCCUGGUCACAGCGCUUGUUUCACCAGCCUCGGGGUGCUGGCCCGGUUCCCGUGGGAUAUUCGCGGAGGUCGGCCAGUGGAUGCAGAGCGAGUUGAAAAAAAAAAAAAAAAAAAAAAAGCACUUACAUAUCAUGAGUGCCUGCACAGCCAUGAACUCUUCCAGUGGGUGUUUCUGGGCAGGUCUAUUUUACUGGGUAGUUUUACAACAGUCCUGUUUUAAACAUCUUUUUUCUGUCCACUGUAAACAACAAAAUGGAGUCUUAAGUUUUCCUGGAGCUCUGGCUAAAGACCGAAGGUUGCCCAGGCGUCUGACUGCACUCCACCCCCGAUCCAAACCCUGUAAGAUGACAGUGAUGGGAUUCCUUUAGAAAGCAUAAACCCACAAGGACGGGGGGAAGAAGAGACAGGAACAGGGAGAUGGCCAGAGGUAAGCGGACUCCUGGGUGAAGUGGGGAAGGAAAGACAAGAAUAAAUCCAGUCUACAAACCAGAUGCCCAGGCACCUCGGACCCACGCGUGACGCAGACAGCGGGGGACCGGCCAGAGUGGCGGCUGGAAGAAAUCUGGCUCCUCGCUUGCUUCAGGGUAGAGGGGGCGCUGGGCACCAGCGCAGUAGAACAACUCCUCCCACUUGGCUCCCAGAACCUUCAAGAAGAUGCUCCAAGGAAAUCAGACCUAUAGGGAUACCUGCCCCCUCAGGGCCUAGUAGCUGUCACAGCCAUACCACCUCAGCUUUUGAAAACCUGCAAAGGUCUCUGACUGAAAUGUCGCGGUAACGUCCAACUGCUACAAGUUUCGUUUCUAAACAUAAUUCCUGUACGUUCCUAGCAGCAGAAAGGAAAGCGAUCUCCAGCACGUUGACCCACACUGCCCUGGCGUGACCCACCUACGUGCUCAGUGUCCGGUCUGCUUUUUAGUUUUCAGUGUUCAAGCACGAGCCAGGGAUUGCCAGACGCUUGGGGAACAAAGGACCAAAAGAAACAGACACGGGAGAAGCUUCAAACCCUCCCAGCUACAUACAGCUUGGGAACAGAAGGAGUGCUGCAACCACAAAACUGAUCCACAAGGCUGAAAAAUAGUAUUUAGGGAAAAAAAGAACUCCUGGACAUGAAAAGUAUAAAAAACGAAAUCAAAAGCAGCUGGGAAAGGGAUACCUGAAUAAUGGGAGACAAGCUUCCAGACAGAACAAGCCCACCAAGCACAGGGUACGGGAGACAAAGAUCCACCCAGGACAUGAAGACACAGGGCAGACCCCACAAGACGUGGAGAUAAACGUACCGCCCCCUGCAGUGCAAACGGCCAAGACGACGGGAGAGCUGCCUUCAAGAAGCCAAACAGAAGUUGUUUCCAGCCUGGAAUUACAGACCCAGCCAAAAAGUGUCAGGUUAGAAUGAAGUUAUUUUCAAAGAUACAAGCGCUCAAAAACAUAGAUCACCCACAUACUGCUCAGGAAGCUCUUGGAGAAUCUGUCCAUCAAGGUGAGAAAGUAAAUUAGAAAACAAGGAGUUAAGAUGUAGAAAAUAAAAGAUCAACACGUAAGAGAAGUGGUGGUCAGAGGGCUCUGUGCCUUUAGGGAAAUGAAAACUGAUGAAACACAUGAUACGUCCGCAUGUCCUGAGAUUUAGACAACAGAUGGAAAAGUCACAGUUAAGUUAAUCAAGUACACAGAAAACAACCUAGUACUCCAAAAGAAACCAAAGUUGUGCAGGAAAGGCAGAUCCUGUUACUACGUGGCUCAGCCCUGAGCGUUUACGUGGCAGCGGUAACGCAGACGCUGAAUAUCAGCGCCAACCCGAACAACUGUACUGAAGGGGUGGGAAAGGUGUGUUGAGGCUGGGGUUACGGCUGGUUAAGAGCUACUGCGUCCCCACCGGGGAGGGGACGUCGUCGGUGGUGGCUGGAACUGAAAAUCCAAUGGAGCACACAGCUUAGCCUGAGCCCCGGGGAGGGGAGGGGCUGACAGCUCAAUCAGUCACCAAUGGCCAGUGACUGAAUUGAAGCCUCCAGAAAAUUCGAAGGGACCUGGUUUGGAGAGCUUCCAGGUUGGUGAACACGUGGAGAUGUGGGGAGAGCCGUGCACCCAGGGAAGCGCCCAGCCCUUCCUCCAUACCUUGCCCUCUACAUCUCUUCCGUCUGGCUGUUCCUGAGUCACAUCCUUUUAUGAUAAACCAGUGAUCUGGUAAGUAAAAGAGACAAAAGCAAGCAUAUGCUUUAGACAUGUGAAGACAAGUAUGAAGAAUUACCUAAGAGAACUCAAAAUAGGUGCCUCUGGGGAGGGUGCGAAGGGGGAAGACUGCUGUUUUUGUGGCAAACCUUUAGAUUUGGUCUUUAAACUGCAUUAUUUAUCUUUGGUUAAAAAAAAAAUAACUCUUCCAAGCAAUAAAAAAGAAAAUUUUUAAAACUG